AUGGCUGUUACUCAAGCGCUGAGUACGAGGGCCCAGAGGGCCUUCAUGGGCACUGUGCUAUUCCAGGCGAUCGUGGUUAUCACCAUGGUCGCAAUAGUGUUCGGAAAGGUGGCUGAUCAUGUGGAUUUGGAACUCUCGCGGUACAAGACUAUCCCCUGUUACCUGGCCCUGUUCAUCCUAGCAGAAGUGUUCGAGUUGUUCAUGGCAUACGACGCGCUUCGGCUACGAAAUGUCAUUCAGCUCGUCGGAAUCCUAUUGUUCCAUUCGGCGCUGGUCGUGAUGGCUGCGCUUCAAGUUCACGAGACGCGCGCGGCUUUGGUUCUGGACGCGAGUGCUAACUGGACCACAAACUAUGUGGGUGGCGGAGGCCCCGGGACCUUGUGGCAGACCGUCCUUCCUUUCCUCAUCGUUUCACCAGUCAUUAUUGGAGUCUCCUGGCUCGUCAUGAUCUUCUUCGUGAGAGAGCUCUAUCAUGAAUUCGGCUGGGCUAUCUUCCAUAUCGUUGGAGCGAACCCCGCAGCGAAGACGAUGUACCAGUUCUAUCAGGUCAUCAUCUGUUUGCUGAAGUUCGACUUCUUCGCCUUCAUCGGCGUCACGAUGCAGCUGCUCAUCAUCGUGCUGCAAAGAAACACCGCCGAGUUCGGUCUCACAGUGGCGGCCAUCCCGAUUGUGCUCGUGUUGCUAAUCGGUGCAGGGCUAGCCGUCCAGCGCGAGAUUAAGUGGCUCAUGACCAUUUCUCUCGUCCUCAUGUUGGCGGCUGAGUCGUACUUCUUCAAGCUUGUGCGCUUCUAUGAGCCCGCGUCAAGGGACCAAUACAUCACCGUACGGGCAACGCUCACCACAUUCACAAUCAUUGCGUUCCUGCUACUCUUCGCGACGUUCGCGAUCGGGCUGCGCUGUUUCGCAGACUUCGACAAGGGUUUGCUCAAGAGCAAAUUGCAUGGUCAGUCCUACCGACCUGUUGGCCAGCCCUACAUCUCCAGCUUAUUCGGUGCGAAGAAGGAGGACGGCGGGUACGGCUCGGGCGCGGCGCUCGGCCAGCGGGUGUCCAUAGAGUAA